AUGGAAACAAACAAAGAAAUAAAAUUAUUCGUUAGUAAAAAGGUCUCUUGGCAUGAAGCGGUAUGGUUCAAAGGCCACAUCCCUAAGUACGCUUUUAAUUUUUGGGUGGCAAAUAAGUGUAGGUUACCCCUCUGUACCCGUCUUCUCAAGUGGGGCAUCGGUAGCUCUGAUGCUUGUUGUAUGUGCAAUCUGCAUGAAGAAACUAGGGAUCAUCUCUUCCUUCAGUGCGAGGUUAGUAUCCAAGUUCUUAAACUCCUUCUCACUCGGCUAGGGGAACCCUCAAAAACCUUCGCAAGCUGGCCACACUUCAUAGACUGGAUACUCGGACCUUCCCCACACACCCCGAAAAUUAUCAAGCUCCUUGCAUCUCAGACAGUGAUAUACUUCCUCUGGAAAGAGAGAAAUCUGAGGCUCCAUGAGAAUGUAUCAAGCACUCUGAAUCUCAUUUUCAGGUUGUUUGACAGGUCUAUCCGCGAAGCUAUCCACACACAGAACAGAACGCAAUCAACUGACCUGCUAUCAUCCUGGUUUCGUCACGCCAACUGA